GUUGGACUCCAGAUACGAACGACACUUUGUUUUCUUCCCGGGCCCGCGAUAUGUGCAGACAACUUUCCAAGUAGUAGUAGUAGUAUCCGGCACCUGGCAAAGAUGGAGGCGGGCCAGAGAUACGACAUCUCGGAUGCCGAUUUGAGCGAGAUUUACGCCUUCGCCAUCCAGCUCGGCAAAGACGCCGGGGUUAUCUUGCUCGAUACUGUGCAGAAGAGGCGACGAGAUGCCGCUGAUGGCGAGAACCAGAGACAGAACGACGCCACGGAGGGAGUGCUGGUAAUGGAGGAGAAGUUGAAUGCCGUGGACAUCGUGACCAAGACCGAUACCGAAGUCGAAGAAUUCAUCCACUCGAGCAUACGGAAACAAUACCCCUCGCACGCGUUCGUCGGCGAGGAAACGUACUCGAAAGACUCGUCGAAAGAAUAUCUGGUCACGAAUGCACCGACGUGGAUCGUGGACCCUCUCGAUGGGACGGUCAAUUUCACGCAUUCCUUUGCCAUGUUCUGCGUCAGCAUCGCCCUGGUAGUGAAUCAGAAAGCCGUCAUUGGCGUCAUCUACGCUCCGCUGUUGAACCAGUUGUUCUCAGCCUGUCGGGGCUCGGGAGCUUGGUUGAACGAGACCACGCGGUUGCCGUUGCUGGGAAACGUGGGCGUCGGUCCCAUACCGCAAAAUGCUCCAAAACAUUGUAUUUUUUCCUGUGAAUGGGGCAAAGACAGAAGAGACCGGCCCGAUGGGAACCUGUAUCGUAAGGUGGAUAGUUUUGUCAACAUGGCGGCCGAGAUUGGCGGGAGAGAUGGGAAAGGAGGCAUGGUCCACGGCGUGAGAAGCCUGGGGAGUGCAACCAUGGAUCUCGCCUACACCGCUAUGGGAGCGUUCGAUAUCUGGUGGGAAGGGGGCUGUUGGGAAUGGGACGUUGCCGCUGGAAUCUGUUUGCUGCAAGAGGCCGGCGGGCUGAUCACGACAGCGAAUCCUCCUGAAGAUUAUGAAACUGCAAAAAUUGAAGAUGCCAAGUUGGGUGGAAGACUGUAUCUUGCAAUCAGACCCGCUGCGGACAGUCCAGGUGAGACGGGGCGCGAAGGGCAAGAGAGAGUGGUUAGAGAGGUCUGGAAGAGAGUGCGGCGUUUGGAGUAUGACAGACCAGGAGCCUGAUCAACGGCAAAAGGGUAGGCGAGGUCCACUUGUGUACGUUAUAUAUAUGCUAUAUGCAACAUGGAAAUGGGUAUCUGAACGACGACCGAUGUACUGGGCAUGGUUUCCUUUUUCUCCUCAAGCAAGAGCCGUGCGUGCUGAACACCAGCCCUUAGGCAUGAUUCUGCGCACACGCCG